AUGGAUUAUCAGUUGUUAAGCUUAAAAAUAAUAAGAGAUCCAAAAACAUAUUUUAAUGUAUUUAAAGAGCAAUUAACUAGAUUAGAAAGAUUGUUAAAUGAUGAACCGAAGUCUUUAAGUAUCAAACCGUUGACUAUAUUUAUACUAGAUAAUGCUAAUAGAUAUGAAGAAAUAGAUAAUAAUUAUAUUGUUAAAUUAGUAGCUAAGUCACUUAAUUGUGUAGAUAAGAAGUCUUCAUUGUUAAUGACACUUACUAAACUCAAAGCUGAUAAAUUAUGUUUAUUAGAAACUAUUCUCUUUCAUUAUAAAGAAAUUAAUAGUGUUUUAUUAGGUAAAAUUAAAACGUUAGUUAAUAAAAACAAUCUUAAUUAUUUGAUAAAAAAGUAUAAUAAUAACUUAACUGAUAACAAAGAGAAACUUUUAAGAGUUUUGUUUUAUUUAAUAAUUAAAUUAAAGAUAUCAACAAUAGAAGUAGAAACUUUAAUAAUAAAUAGUAUAUUUAGUGAUUAUAAAAAAUUAAGUAAAUUUGCUAGUGAGUAUUUGUUAAAUAGAACAGAUAUUGAGAGAAUAGAAAUUAAAAAUAAAGAAUACUUUUGUAGAUUGUUGUAUAAUAAUUUGAAGAAUAGUGUGUGUAGUACUGAAGAUAGAAUUGUUAAGUUAGAGUUGUUAAUGAGUAAUGUUUAUGAUGAUCAAUAUAACAACUUUAUAUUUUCCAAUUUAGUAAGUUUAUUUGAUAUUACAAAUAAAGAAACAAAGAAUAAUUUAUUUUCUAAAUUUGUAGAUUUAAUAGAAAUUGAAUAUUUAGAUCAAACGUUAAAAAUAAUAAAGAACAAAAUGUUAGAUGGAUUUAAUGACACUUUGAUAGUUUUUGGUUUAAAUUUAUUUAAGAAAAUUUAUUUAAAACUAAUUAAUUCUUCAAUAGAAAGUAUUAGUGAAAUUAAUGAAAUAUUUUUAAAAUAUUUAACAGAAAAUCUAAACAUUGAAAGAAUAUCAUAUUCUUAUAAAACUUUAUUAAAAAUAAUAAAAAAUAAAGGAGAAGGAUAUUUUGAUGAUUUCAAAGAAAAAAGUAAUAAAGAAGAAAGAAUAGAGAAAAUGAAAGAAGGACAAAUUACUUAUAAAGAGAAGUAUGAAAGAAAGAGAAAUAAAAUAAGAGAAAUGUUUGAAAGUAAAAUUGAUAAAAUGAAGAAUAGAAAUAAGAAAAGGAAAUUUGAAAGUAAAGUUAGUGAUAAAAAUAAAAGACGUUUAUUUAGAACAAAGAAUAAGAAAAGUUAA